AUGAAUAGACCCAUAUUUCGCACAUUCAUUCGUUUUAAUUCAACAAAUGCAAAACAAUAUAUUCGUAAAAAACCAAAAUUUUAUGAUCUUUUAAAAACACCAACUACAAAAUCACUACUAUUAACAUUAUUAUGUACAUCAUUCGUAUUAGACUUGACUAAUAAAAGAAAAGAAUUAGAAGUUAUGAAAUUAUCAUAUGAGAAUAAAUUCUUAAUACUAGAUGAUAUUUUAACUAAAUUACUCAAUAAUGAAAAAUUCGAUUUGGCGAAGGAAUUAAAUUUAGCUAAUGUAUUAACUAAAUUUAAAUACAAUAGUAAGAUUGAUAUUGAAUUAGAUGAACAAUUGGAAGAAUUUUUUAAAAUGGAUGAGGAAGAACUAAGUCAUAAAUUUGAUAUAAUUGAAGAAGAAGAAACGAAAGCAGUUGAUGAAAAUGAUCAAAAAGUAAUUGAUACUAGUAAAUUCUUAUAA